AUGCCCAGGGCUCUCUUCUUUAUCAUCCCCAACGAAUUGGGAGAGCGUUUCUGUUACUACGGUAUCAGCCCGAUUCUCAAGCCUUUCCUCAAGAAAAUGAUCGGUUUCGACAAGGCUAAGACCGACAGUAUCCAGCACAUCUGGAAAGCCUUCACCUAUUUCACCCCCCUCGGAGGCGCCGCCAUUUCUGACUCCUACCUCGACAAGUACAAGACCAUCGUCAUCCUCUCCGUGGUUUACCUCGCCGGUCUUCUCAUGCUUACCAUUACCUCGAGGCCCGGCCUCGUCCCCGCCACCGAGGGAGGCUUCAUUCCCUCCGGUGCUCCCCUCGCUGCAUUGUUCCUCAUUUCCGUCGGUACCGGUGGUAUCAAGCCCUGUGUCUCCUCCCACGGUGGUGAUCAGUUCCUGAGCUUUCAGAAGCAGAACCUGAACAAGUUCUACAACUACUUCUACAUGGCCAUCAACGUCGGUUCCAUCGUCUCCGGUUUCAUCCAGCCCAAGAUCGCCGAGAAAAGCUGCUUCGGCCUCGAGGGUGGUAAAGACUGCUACUCUUGGGCUUUCGCCGUCUGCGCUAUUGCCUUCGCCAUCGCGUUAGGUGUCUUCGCUUUCGGAAAGUUCUGCUACCGUGUCGUGCCACCGGCCGGUGUCUUCUUCCCCGCCAUCCUCGCCCGUGUUGCAUUCAAGUACACCCUUAACCUCUUCCGCAACGGCUUCAGCCACGAACGCGCUCGCAUCGCCACUUCCGAGACCGAAUCUGACGCUGUUAUCAUUGAGCUCUUCGACUUGUUGAAGGUUCUCUUCGUCAUCUCUCCCUCCAUCAUCUUCUGGCUCGGUUUCGACCAGAACGGAACUUCAUGGCAGGACACCUCCGACCAGAUGGACCACUCCAACUGGUUGAACUCUGAGACCACCAACGCGGUGAUCAACCCUAUCUGGAUUAUCAUCCUUGCUCCGAUCUUCGCCAACUUCCUCUACCCCGCCAUCGAGAAGCGUGUCAAGUUCGGUCUCCUCCGUCGUAUGGUCGUCGGUCAGUUCUUCGCUGGGAUCUCGUUCAUCAUCAUGGCUGUCAUUCAGCAGAAGAUCGAUGACAACUGUGUCGACGAGACAUGGAAGGAAGCCGGCAAGGACGUCACCAUGUGCAUGGACCGUGGCUCCCACACCGCUAUGUUCAUCGUUCCGUACUUCUUCAUCACGGUCGGCGAAGUGCUCGUGUCCAUCUCCGGUCUCAACUUCACCUACACUGAAGUAGGCAAGCGUUCCAAGUCCUCUUGCGCUGCCUUGUGGUUGUUGGGCACUGGUAUCGGAAACCUGGUCGCCGCUGCUCUCUUCGAGACUCCUCUCGGUUCCAGCACCGGCAAGGGUGACCGACCCAAGUUCUUCUAUGCCGUCGCUGGUAUCAUCUUCGCUGCCAUGUUCGUGCAAGCAUUCUUCAACCGCUUCUACACUUACAAGGCCGACCGUAAGGCUCGUGCGUAG